GCAGUUUCGGGUUUGGAUCCACUAACUAACCACCAACUCCAUAACACUCUAUGCUUAGCUGGCAUAAUUUCCCACCUAAUAAACCAACACCCCGCUAACCGCCGUCGCCGCCUCCGUCCACCACCAGCCAUUUUAACACCCUCUAACGAAAAACACCACUUCCAGCAAAUCCUAACCCUAAAACUCCUCCACAAUGUCCACACCUUCCCCAUCUCCUUCACCACCACCACCACCACACUCACCACCGACAAACCCCACGCCACUCUCUUCCAAGAAAACCCAGCCUCUCCCCUGGACCCACCAAGAAACCAUCCAUCUAAUCCAAGCCUACCAAGAAAAGUGGUACUCCUUAAAACGCGGUCAGCUCAAGGCUAGCCAGUGGGAAGAAGUAGCCGUAACUGUGGCUGCCCGCUGCGGCUAUGACUACAACCACCCUUCGAAAUCCGCUGUCCAAUGCCGCCACAAGAUGGAGAAGCUCCGCAGAAGGUACCGAGAUGAGAAACGAGUCAUGGCUCUUGGUGGCACUUGUUAUUGGCAGUACUUUGAUCUCAUGGACUCCUUGGAACGCGGGCCUUUGCCCCUUUCGGCGCAGCCGCUAGCUCGAGUACCCUGCCAGGAAAAUUAUCAUACUAGGAACAGAAACAAUGGCGUUCUUGGCGAAUAUGAUGAUGAUAAAGGUGAAGAUGAGGAUGAUGAUGAUGAAGAUUAUGGGUAUAGAAGCAAGUUGAGGAGCAGAAGCAUUAACUAUAUACUCCGAAAGCCUAGUAUUGUUAAUAGGUAUGCGGGUGGUGGUCCUUCGGGGGUUUCGCGGGAGGCGGAAAAGAAGAGGAAGAGAGAGGAAGUUGAGGAGGAGGAGGAGGAGGGAGAAGAAGGGGUGGAAAUGGGGUUGGCGGGGCAAAUAAAGGCGUUUUCGGAGAGGAUGGUGAAGUUGGAGAGGAAGAAGUUGGAGGUGAUGAAAGAAACAGAGAGGUCGAGAAUGGAGAUGGAGAAUAAGAAGCUGGAGAUGAUUUUAGAUUCUCAUAGUAAGAUUGUUCAUAUGAUUGGUGAAGCUUUUGGCUUGUGAUUUCGGAUUAGCUUUGAAGGUUCGAUAUUGUUCUGAAUUUUAAUAUUUUCUGCUAUUAGCUUUUUUUCCUGCUAAAUCUCUUUAGUAAUUUAUUGAGUUCCUAUAGUAAUUUAGAUUAUGUUUGCAGCAUUCUGUACAUUCAAAAUUAGAUCCGCCGGCUGUGAAUUUUGACAAUGUGAUUUGAUUGGAAUGCAAGGGAGUAGUAGAUGUUUAGUUA